AUGGGGAGAGGGAAGAUAGAGAUAAAGAAGAUAGAGAACAACACGAACAGGCAGGUGACAUACUCGAAGAGAAGAAAUGGGAUAUUCAAGAAAGCUCAUGAGCUCACUGUUCUCUGUGAUGCCAAGAUCUCUCUCAUUAUGUUCUCCAACACUGGCAAAUUCCAUGAGUACAUCAGCCCUUCCACCACGACUAAGAAGAUGUAUGAUAUGUAUCAGACUACCCUAGGUUUUGAUCUAUGGAGCUCCCACUAUGAGAGGAUGAAGGAAACAAUGAAGAAGCUGAAAGAUUCAAACAAUAGACUUAGGAAGGAGAUCAGGCAGAGAGUUCUUGGAGAAGAUCUAGAUGGUUUGGACGUCAAUGAUCUCACCAUUCUCGAGCAACAGAUGCAAGAUUCACUUACCGUUGUGCGAGAACGCAAGUAUCACGUGAUCAAAACUCAGACAGACACUUGCAGGAAAAGGGUGAAGAACUUGGAGCAAAGAAAUGGUAAUCUUCAACUAGGCUAUGACACGGUACGACAUCUAGAGAAAAAAUAUGCCACGGGGGAGAACAGGGGAGAGUAUGAAUCUACUAUCACGUAUUCAAAUGGCGUACCGGACCUCUAUGGCUUCUGUGCGCAUCCUAACAACAUUCCCCAUGGCUACGAGCCCCAUGAUCCUCGCAUUGCUUGA